AUGUUGCGAAAUCUCACGAAGCACGUCGACAUGGACAAGACCUCGGUUGCACGCGUCUCCCAGGUCUCGCUGGUACAGAUUGGUCGGGAGAGGCUAUCCGAUCGGCUCCCUCCGCACGAGUCGUACGAGGGCCGCCACUGGUGGGAUCCCGACUUGACCUGGACAGCCGAUGAAGAGCGCAAAGUGGUCCAGAAGACGGAUUUCUACCUUCUCUCCUGCAUAUGCAUCAUGUUCUUCGGCCUCCAGCUAGAUCGAGGAAACCUAUCCAAUGCUCUCGCCGAUGAUCUGCUUACGGACUUGAAACUUACGAGCAAUGAUUACAACAAUGGAACCACGAUCCAGCUCGUUUGUUUUCUGGCGGCUGAGUUCCCUGUCCAGAUGAUUACGAAGAGGCUUGGGUUCAAAAAAGUCUUGCCGACGAUGAUGUUUCUGUGGGGUAUCGUUUUAAAAGCAUGGGCCCAGGCAUGGAUGACGAACCGCGCCAGCUUCUACAUUACCCGCGCUCUCAUUGGCCUCUUUGAGGGAGGAUUUAUUCCAGGAGUCAUCCUGUUCUCAACAUACUUUUACACGUCUAAGGAGCUCUCAACCCGGCUGGCCGUUUUCUGGUCAACUCUGAAUGUUGCUCGCGUCAUCUCAGCGCUCCUUGCGGCAGGGAUCCUCAAGAUGAGGGGCAUCGGGGGCCACACGGGGUGGUUCUGGUUGUUCCUUUUGGAAGGCGUCCUUACAUGCAUGAUUGCAUUGGUGGCCUUUAUAUGGCUUCCUGCCAGCCCGACCCAGACCAAGGGCAUUCUCUGGCGUAAGCCUUGGUACACGGAACGAGAAGAGGCUAUCAUGGUCAAUCGUAUUCUUCGCGACGACCCGGCCAAGGGACUGACGGCCCUCAAAGAACCGGUUCACUGGAGCAACAUCAAGGAGGCUUGGCUGGAUAAGUCUAUGUGGGGUCUCUACUUCAUCGGCCUGGUCGCCUACAUUCCUGCAACACCCGUCCAGGGCUACCUCACCCUCACGCUAAAGCGCAUUGGCUUCUCGACCUUUGACUCCAACAUGCUGACGGUCCCGUCAGCGGUCCUACAGAUCUUCACCAUGCUUGCCAUAGCCUUCAGCAGCAACUAUUUCAAUGAUCGGGCUUUUCAUAUCUUCUUUGGAAAUUUUUGGGUCAUGCCCCUUCUCAUCGCUCUCAUGGCGCUGCCUAACGGCGGUCGGGACUGGUCUCGCUUUACGCUGGUGACGCUCAUCUCUGGUUAUCCGUACUUCCACCCUAUCGUAUCCUCCUGGAUCUCUGAGAACAGUUUUGACGUCAAAAAGAGGGCUAUCACGGCCGCCACCUACAAUGUCAUUGUCCAAGUCGGCUCCCUCCUCGGCUCCCAGAUCUACCGAGCCGAUGACGCGCCAUACUACCAUCGCGGCAACGCUGUGCUACUCGCUAUCUGCAUCUUGACCCUGGUUGUCGUUAUCAUUCAGCGUGAGUUUCUACGGCAUCUGAACCGGAAGAAGGAUGUAGUGUGGAAAGCCAUGACGGUGGACCAGCAGACGGCGUACCAGAAUGAUAUUCCAGCUCGGGAGAGUGAAGGAAAUAAAAGAUUGGACUUCCGUUUCUCAUAUUAG